AGUGGUGUCGGUAUAUUUAUGUGACCGUCCUGGCGGGCUGCUUCCAAAUACAAUUCAGUGAAAGCAUCGCAGGGAGCCGCAGCAGCAGCAGCAGCAGCAGCAGCAGCAGUAGCAGAAGCGAUAACCCGAAUACCAAGAGUGCGGUGCACUGAUAUGACUUUUUAAUUUUAUGUAUCUAGCAAAUUUACAACCGACCAGAAUUUUCUAGUCGCUAGAAUUUUUUAUAAACUGUUCCAACAGUUCGCGAAGAAUAUUAUACUCUAGUGCAGUGGCCCUGUAAAAUAACCAAUUUACACAUACGUAAUUUAAACAGUACGUUGUGUGCUGUGAGAAAAUAAUCGCAACCAGCUGACACGUGUUGUUCAACAAGCACCCUGGGAAAAAGUUAAUUCUAUUCACCCUGCAUCCCGUUUUCUACCGACAUGGGAGGUUUGUUGUCUUCGUAUUGGGGAUAUCCUGGUGACGACGAAUUAGAUCCGGCGAGUGGUCUGACAGGAAAACAAAAAAGACUGGUCACAGAAACGUGGGGGAUCAUGCGACAGGAUCCCAUGAAACUUGGAAUAGCAGUUAUGAUGAGAUUAUUCACCAAACAUCCCGAUUACCGGAGCCAGUUUCACGCCUUCAAAGAUACACCCCACGAAGAUCUACCAAAAAACAAGAGGUUUCAGGCUCACGCAUCGGCCAUCGCAAACGCGUUAAGUACCAUCAUUGAUUCCCUGAAGGAUCCCGGCCUGCUGGAAGCUAUUUUAAUAUCCCUUGGGGAGAAACACCAUAAGCGUGGACAGACCAUAGAACAUUUUAACAAUCUCAAACUGGUACUGCUGGCCGUCUUCAAAGAAUUUCUGGGCUCGAGGUGGACGCCAGAAGUGAAUGAUGCCUGGAGCAAAGCUCUCGACUUCGUAUACAGCAUCAUCUUUAAGGUGUACGCGUUGUGAUUAACCCGAAUAAACAAGGCCGAAGGCCUCGUUCUUCAGGCGCAAAGUAUGGGACGGAAUAUGUUAUUGUUAACCAUAACCGACUUUUACGGGGUUUACUGGCGUAGAAGGAAUGACGUUCUUUUUUAUAUAGCAAUGCUAUCGCAACGAUUAUUUAUAAUUCUAUUACACCUCAAUGUUACUACGGUGGCUUGAAGAAUGGCCUCACUUAUAUCGUAAACACAUGACGAUAUCGAGUUGGCACGUUGCUGAGUUGAGAAUCGUAGCAAACGAAUAUAACUGAGGGUCAUUAUGAUACGAAGGAUAUGCAGUCCGGAGGGAUUUGAACGUUUUUUUUAAAUUUAUUUAUAUUGAAUGUAUGUGUGCACAUUUUUUUAUUCAUUUUUCUUAUAAUAAUACAUAAUAUAAAUAAAGUUUUUGAAACGCGCGUUACUGAUAUUUUCCCGCAUUGAUCAUUCGAUUUGGACUCUAUAAUAUUAAGGAAUUACCAGAUUAUUGUACGAUCGUGAUUCCUCCUACAAGUGAAUUUUAACAAAUUAAAAAUAUCCCCUGGACCGGAGCUUCCUGAAAUUAAAACCAGUUCUCGAACUGAUUAUUCGAUUUGUUAAUUUUAGAAUUUUCCAGGGCGUUUAGGAAAUGAAAUUAGAUCUC